AUGACUGAAGAUUAUACAAAAGGACACAGAAGGCGCUUAAGAGGAAAAAUUAUCUUGGACAGCGGACAAUCUCUCCUUGAUUAUGAGGUUUUAGAGUGUAUUCUGUAUUCCGCAUAUAGUAGAGUUGAUGUAAAGCCUAUUGCAAAGAAAUUAAUGAAUUACUUUGGCAGUUUAAACAAAGUUUUUAAUGCUGAACUGGAAGUAUUACGUAGCAUAGAUGGAGUAAAUGAUGCAGCAAUCUCUGCUAUCUUUUGUGUAAAGCAAGCUUUUGUUCGUUCUGCAAGAGAAGAAAUGAAGGAUUUACCUAUAAUAAAUAACUGGGGAAAAUUGCUUGAUUACUUAAGGGUCAGCAUAGGAAACAUCAACAAGGAAAAUUUUCGUGUAAUCUAUAUGAACAAAAGGUAUCGCCUAAUAGCAGAAGAUAUACAAAAUGUGGGCACAAUAGAUCAGACCCCUCUUUAUGUCAGAGAAAUCAUCAAACGUGCACUUGUAAUUGGCUCAACAUCCAUUGUAAUAUCACAUAAUCACCCCAGUGGAGAUGCACAACCUUCCAAUAGUGACAUAACUUUGACUAGACAAUUAGCAGAAGCUUGUCAAAGCACGGACAUAGAGUUAAUAGAUCAUAUUAUUAUUACAUUUAAUAACCACUUUAGUUUUAAGGAAAAUAAAUUGCUAUAGCUAAAAAUAAGUUUUCCAGGUGCUAGAGUGAAAAAGGUCUUGCACGUAGACGCAGAUCUAUCUUUUUUUAUUGGUAAAGCUAUUACAGAAGUCUAUAAUUUAGUUUAGAAUACUAUAAUUUGAAAAACAUUAGACCUCUUUCGAAACCGAUUUAUGGUAAGAGGAGAAGUGCAAGCGAGCACCGCAGGAUGUAUUUGAGGAGCGUAGCUCAGCUUCAACAACAAAAUAUCAGUUUCGAAAGAGGUCUAUUACAGCUACAUGCAUACUUAUUUGACUUAAGAUAAAAUAUAUUAAAUGAAAAGAGUGAGACUUUAUGUUAAAGAAGCUUUACUGCAAGACGUUAUUUUAGCACUAAAUCUGCAACAAAGCCACUACAUCCAAAAUGUUAUGCGGCUUAAGAAACACGACAACGUUUUUCUUUUUAAUGGAAAAGAUGGGGAGUGGUUAGGCGAAAUUAUUGACGUACCAUGUAAGUCGGUAAAAAUUAAAAUAAAGAAUUGUAUUGAGCAGCAGCAAUAUGAAGAAAAUUUAUACUUGUAUUGUGCUGUUGUAAAAAGCACUGCUUUAAGUAACAUAAUAAGACAAGCAACAGAAAUGGGAGUGACUUGCAUUCAAUUUAUCUUAACAAAACAUACAGUAAUAAGGGACGUUAACCUUGAAAGAGCAAAAUUACAAGCAAUUGAAGCAGCAGAACAAUGUGGAAGAAUGGAUAUACCAGAGGUUUUAUCUCCUAUUAAUUUUUGUAAUUUACCAGAUUCUCAGGAUAAAAAUUUUAUUUUAUGUGAUAAGACCGGUAAAAUGCUAAAGGAACCUAAUAGACCUCUUUCGAAACCAAUUUAUGGUGAGAGGAGAAGUGCAAGCAAAGCACCGCAGGAUGUACUUGAGGAGAGCUUGACAACAAAAUUGCCAUCAGAAAUUGAGUUUCGAAAGAGGUCAAUUGCUCUUAUUAUUGGCCCUGAGGGUGGUUUCUCAGAUGAUGAGCUUGACUUUGCCAACAAAUUUUGCCAAAAACUAAGCCUGGGAAAAAGAAUUCUCAGAGUUGAUACUGCA